AUUGUCAGCAUCCCCACACAACAAAUCGCCGUGAACUGAUGUGGUUCUAAAGAUUCUGCUUUCUCCGCUGACAAAUUAUUUUCAUGAUGGUUGUUCGCUAUGUGUUGUUUCUCGUGCUCAUAAUAAGCGUUGUCUCCUGUACAAACGGGUAUCAGGUUGAUGCAUUCUGGGACACCUGCGUACAGAAGAAUAUACGCAUCGAGAUCAGCGAUCUGACAGCCUCCGCUACGAUUGAAUUUGCCAUCGUGCCUGCAGGGGGUAUAGUACCCGCCGUUUACCCCUAUACGUUCACAUCAGCGCCACCGUCUAGUUCAGAAGUUCAAACCGUAUCAGACAACACUAUUGACUAUGUGAUCCAUUGGAAAGACAGCACUGAUCCCACGCAAGGACAAGGAUCCGUACCAGUUAAUAAGUGUCAUGGUGGCUAUGUUGUUGACGCAUUUUGGGACACCUGUCAAAGUAGUGAAAUCCGAUUGGAAAUUACUGGCAACGUAGGUGGUGAUGCAGAUAUAUUCUAUGCCAUCGUACAAGCCGGCCAAACACCUCCCAAUCCCAUUACAGACACAAUGACCGUGUCUGGAGUUUCGGGCUCAAAUGCUUUUACUGUUGGUAGCAGUAAUGUCGAUUAUGAAGUCUAUUGGGAGGACACGGACAUCCCCAGUUACAGUGGUGUAAUCUCAAUUCAGAAGUGCGCUAACAUCGCUGGAGAUCCUCAUCUACUGACAUUCGAUGGGUUGAAAUUUGACUAUCAAGGAUAUUGCUCUUACAUCCUCGUCCAAGACUGUCUAAAUGGAAACACGCCGUCGUUCACUAUUGCUGGUGACUUUCGAAGCCGGAAUGUUCGUUCGCCGUACCAAGGUGUAACACGCAUAGUUGCAAUCAACGUGUAUAUUAACGGCAAAUUGAUGAUUAGAAUGCUCGAAGACAAUUCCUUCGAGGUUCAAGGAAAGCUAGUCAACGGAACAUCAGCCUCCGUCGGCCUAGACCUUGGCACUGUGCAGACAGUACGAGGUACAACGAUAGUGCGCCUGCACAACCCGCGUUUGACAAUCACGUGGAGAGGAAAGCCACAUCAAAUACUGAUGGCCCUGAACAGCAAUACUAUGUAUGGUAAUGUGUGUGGGCUGUUGGGAAAUGCUGACGGUAAUCCAGAAAACGAUCUUAUCAAGCCUGACGGGUCUCCUGCGACAGAUGUCGACGAGUUUGGAGAUAGUUGGAAAAUAGCAAACAGCUGUCCGUAAUUCACCAAUGUGAUUCCUAGAAGACACAACCAAGGAAGAAGAAGACACACUGCAACCGGCGUUGUCUACUGCUACCCUUGACACAAUCAAUUGAUAAAUAAAUAUUGAAAUUAUAUCGCGAUCCCCUUAAUAGAAACCACAAUUCUCACAUCUUCAUGUGUUACAUUAGAAAAUUAUUUAUCUAAAAUGUAAUGAUAUACAUAGCGUAAUACAAAUUGUAUUUAAUGUUCAAUAAACAAUAUUGCGUCGUGCAUGCUUGCAAUAAAAAAUCUGUAAUGGUAACAUAUGUGAUGGGAUCAGGAGUGUUAUCCGUUUCAUUGUAUUUAAAUAUAUACUUAAGCUGUGAAUUACCAUA